AUGAACGACAUGUGGAACCGACUUACUUCCCAAAUAGUUUCUCUAAAGCAAAACGGUCCUAUCAAGGGUCACUACCUGAAAAUUGACGGAAAAUCUGUUGUUGCAUAUGCCACAGGGACAGAUCCAAAAAGUAAGUAGAUAUUCGAGUUUUGGAACAUGUUCACAGCAUUAUUGUAAACAAGGUCGAGUUAAAACGGCCAAGAAACAAAAGUUCAGUGUUAAUCAAAUGCAGCAGUCUUCGGAUAGGAGGAAAAUCUAACAAUAGCUGUUACUAAGAAUAACAUGAAAGGCGCUUAUUUUGUAAAAGUGUGGGUGAUGUCAUGAAUCGCUUUCGACUAGUCAUGCUUAAAAAACGAGAGAAAAAAAAAAUUAAAACAAAGCGAGUCCAAAUCGAUCGUUUUCUGCCUCUCCGUUGAUAUCAAUUUGUGUUAUUUUUGACAGCUCACUUAAUGGUCCAUACUAUUCUGCACGUUACUACUUAUCCAAACGUCGAGACAAUUGUUAUUUUGGAGAGUAGCAGUGGUGGAACUGCAGUGGCUGUAAACAAAACAGAUGACACCAUCUUUGUAAAGGUAUCACCGCCCACGGGGAUGGAACGUUAAGGGGGUGGGAGGGAGGGGUGGGGAAAGUUUAAGUUAUUUACUAAAGAAAACAAGUCAAAAUAUGAAUUAAGAAAAAAAAAAACAAACACAAAAAAAGAUUUCGAUCAAGUAGUACAAAGAAAAACCCAUCCAAACAAACAAAAAAAACCGAAAGCAUUCAUGAAUCUCUUCCCUCCCUCCUUCACCCCCCCCCUCUCCUCCCAAUCACUUUUCUGAUAGUCCAUCCUCUGGUGAGAAUUGGCUAAGUUCCAUGAAUAUCCAAGCACCAAAUCCGCUCAGUUUAGAACCUUCAAUUACUUUUCAUAGCUACCGAAAUGAUUUAGUUUUCCUCAGUUUUGGAAACACUUGGAAAUAGCAGGAGAUAACGCUGAUACAUAACCGGCUUAAAUUCACUUACGGAUGCUAGAAAUUACUAACUGAAUACAAAGUGUGAAGUUCAAUGCUUCUUAGAGACUUUCUAACGAUAAUAUAACCCUAUCUGGUUUAAGAAUUAAUCUAGUGUUUUUUUCUCCAAUAGACUCUGUCGACACCUUUACGCAAGCUGAACAACUUGGAUAAAGUGAAAAAUCUUUAUCCUGAAAUUCUGUUUAAAAGAGUAGUCAAACAAAUUGGGAAAGACUUCUUUUAUUUAAAGUCAUACCUUAGUGGUAAGAGGCAGAUUUUGGGAUUUGAUAAAAAUGGUAUUCCACUGAACACCAGCCAGGUGAUACCUAAUUCUGAUGAAAGUCUUCUCGUUUACAUCUAA